UUUCUCAAUCAAUUGAACCACUCGUAGAAAAUAACUGAAGUGAUGCUUCGAUUACGCUCGAGAGUUUUCUCUCCGGGAAAAUCGAUUGAGGUUUUUUCUUCGAUCGCAUCGAUUGAUUUACUUUGAUGGACUGAUAAGUCAAUAGCAAUGCACUCAAUUUUAGUUCUCAGUUUACUUUCGCUGUAAAAGCAGUUGCAAUCGAUGUUGUUUCAGCUGUUUAUCUUUGAUCAAGAAUCUUAACCAGAGAGAUUUCAAAUUUUAGUCGAAAAAUAAACCAAGAUUAAUAAUUUCAAUAUUGAAGCUCGCUAAAAAUUCUUCCGAUCAUUUUGAAUUUGAAACUUAUUGCUGAAGUUACAACUGAAAAAAGGAAAGAAAAAGAUUGGUUCAAAAUGGACCUCAAGUCUUUGGAAGAGAUCAGAGAAGCGUUGUUGCGAUUGAAAAAUAUUCCGUGUGGGGCAACCGUGACGACUGAUUCGAGCAUGCUUGCGUUGGAUGCUUGGGAUGCUAUUUUGACUGCCCGAUCCAGUUCAGAAGAGGGAGGUUCUUCCAGUGGAAUCAGUGGAAUGGAGUUCGAAACCGAAAGUAUCAGAUCUGAAGACAAGUUGACAGUCGCCGACAUCAAAGCUCUUUUUAGGGUGAUGGGUCAACAUGCAACAGACUUGGACAUCGACAAACUCAUUGCGAAAUCCGAAGAAGACUUUCCUCAAUUCCUCGAGCUUCUAACGAGCGUGAUAGGGGAUCCGUCUCCCUCCGAGGACGAAAUGCGGAAGGCGUUCAAAGUGUUUGACAGUAGAGGAAAGGGGUUUGUGUCUUUUGAGGAGAUGGAGUUUGCUGUGAACAAGUUUAUGUCAAGCAACGAGAACGAGUUGGAGAAUACGGGCGGAAAUCCACCAGGCACUGCGUCUUACACUGAUGCAGUGGACAGUGUGGUCACUGUUCCGGAGCUAGAAGACAUGUUCUCAGUUACCAACACGAAACGCAAUUCUGCAGAAUAUUGUUCGGACGAGAAGGGUGGAGUAAAUGGGUCUGAAAUGGAAUCGGAAGGUCAUAAAACGGCUGGAACAAGCUCGCAGAGAACUAUGACCGUCGAGGAUUUCAUAGAUGCCAUGAAAAUCAUUUUCUAAACUCAACAGGGAAUAGACUUCCUGAAUUUAUCACCUCAACCAAUGACUUAGAAUGUAGAUUUAAAUAAAAAUUGCCCAAUGAUUGUUCAUUUUUUUGUUAUUAU